UCCUGUUAAUAUGUAAUAAUGAUCAUGAGUUACUAGAAGGUCUUCUAAUAAGAUAUGCAUGUACACAGCACCAGAAUAAAUUAACUCUCAAAAAUGAUUAAUAGAGCAUAUGCACAAGUCAACAAAGGAGCCUUCAAAUGCACAAAUCCACCUCUUUCUUGUUGUUCAAAUUAUUCUAAUAUCCCCCAAGACUUUAGCUGGUUAAUGGAUUAAAACACAAGCUUCCAACUGGAUUUUUCAUUGAUGGAGUAAGAUAAGCAUAGCUUAGCUGUUAACAGAUUACACAUACAUAUAUAACCUUUUAUAAAUAUGACCUAAUCACAAUUUUUUUUUUGUUCCCUCUUAAUUUUUUUUCCUCAUCAACUGUUAUGCAGAACAUGACCAUCCAAAGUGAUCACAAUCACCAUCAUCUAUUGGAGGAUGUAUGGGCAAGCUUCAUUAAUGGAGACGAUGAAGGAGACAAGCGAACAAGCAAUCAUGCUCAAGAGGAUUCCAAAUCAUGGGAAGGGUUGCCAAGUCUUGACGGGAGAGAAGGUUCAAUGGAGAUCCUUCAAAGGCUUCCAAGUCUAGGAAGGUGGGUGUCAAUGGGAGCUGAGGCCUGGGAGGAACUUCUUGCAGGAAUAAUCCCCACUUGCGAAAAUAUUACGGGUCCUGCUUCCGUUUAUAGUUCAGAGAACAAAAGCUCCAAAUUGAUGAAUACUGUCAGAGGAGAGAAAACGGCUCCAAGACACUACAGGGGAGUGAGAAGGAGGCCUUGGGGUAAAUAUGCAGCAGAGAUAAGGGACUCAUCAAGGAAAGGAGCUAGAGUUUGGCUUGGAACUUUCGAUACAGCUGAAGAAGCAGCUUUAGCUUAUGACAAGGCUGCUUUAAGAAUCAGAGGACCAAAGGCAUAUCUCAACUUCCCAUUUGAAACAGUUGCUAAGGCUAUGGGCAUCGACUACUCCAACAACAAUGAUUUCAAUCUUUCAUCAACAACUAGUAAUAAAGCGAGGGAGAAUUCCUGCAAAUUUCUUGGGGGCAGCUAUGGCAAUAAUGUUUUAAGCCAUAGAAAAAGGGUGUCAAGAGACUGGGAAGAGAGUAGUAGUAAGGACAUGAUGGGUGAAGAGCCUGCAUUAAAGAGAAUGGCUAGUGUGGAAGAGUCGACGUUUGGAAAUGAGUUUGAUGUGUUAGAAUUUCAGGACCUGGGCAUUGAUUAUUUGGACAGUUUGCUUUCUUCCUUAUGAUUAUUCAGGUAUCAAUAGAAAAAUGAUAUCGGAGAUUAUGGUGUUUGUUUAGGUAAAUACUUGUUUGCAUAAAUUGUUAGAUAUAUGGACAAACCAUAUACUUAGGCAUUGGGGUGGUCUGGGUUUAUUUCUAGACAGGUAUAUAUUUGCUUUGUAAAUUGUUCAUUUUUCACUAAUACGUGAGUUGCAGGGGAAUAGCUAUUGAAACAAGUACCA